AUGUCUUUCAGUAACGACAGUAGCAUGGCCACGCCCAAGAUGGCGGAGGAGGCCGAGAAGCAGGUCGAAUAUGCCAACGACGAGGUGACGGUGACUGCGGCCGCCGAAGAAGAGGAACAUUUCAAGAUGACCCCGGCGAAAUUGCUCGCCAUGGCCUCUUUCCAGCUAGGCUACAUGUCUGACGUCUUCGUGGUCUCCAUGGUGGCCUCCACCCUCACAGCGAUCAACGAUGACAUCGGCCCUGACAGCAGCUACACGUGGAUGGUCACUGCCCUAGUCCUCGGAGGGGCCGUCUUCUCCCCCGCCAUCGGCCGCGUCAGCGACAUCUUCGGGCGCCGGAACUUCCUCCUCAUCGGCAAUGUCAUCGCCGCCGUCGGCUGCGCUGUUGCCGCCACCGCCCACAGCGUCAAGACCGUCAUCGGCGCCAGCUGCCUUAUUGGCAUCGCCAGCUCCAUGCACCAGCUUGCUUGGUCUUGUCUCGGCGAAUUGGUCCCCAAGAGGAGCCGAGGCUUUGCCCUCGGUAUCUUCCAGCUCUCGCUGUUGCCUGCCGCCGGGUUUUCUCCUAUCAUCGGCAACGCAAUGGUAAAGCAUGCUUCCUGGCGGUACGUAUACUGGCUGCCAUUUGCUAUGGAUUGCCUGUGUUUGGUUCUGGUGUUCUUCUUCUAUCACCCCAUCAACCAAUACAUCAAAGAAGAGAACAAGACGCGACUCCAGCAAGCCAUGUCCCUCGACUGGGUCGGCUUCUUCCUGUUGCUAUCUGGACUGGUCCUGUUCCUCCUUGGCAUCUCCUUCGGCGGGAAUGUAUUUCCCUGGAAGUCGGUCAAGACCCUCGCCCCGAUCCUGGUAGGAUUCGCCCUGCUGGUCGCCCUCGGCCUUUGGGAGGCAUACAUGGAUCUCGAGUACCCGCUCUUCCCUCGCAAGGUACUCCGCAACGUCCGGGGAGUCACUAUGGUCGCCGUCGGGGUGUUCCUGCUCGGCAUGCUCUACUACUCGACCUCGGUGCUGUGGCCCCAGCAAGUCACCUCCCUGUACACGCAGGAUCCCCUCAAGAUUGGUUGGUACGCGUCAACAGUCGGCCUGACCGGUUCCGUCUUUGGCCCGGUCGCAGGUUAUCUCUUCCGGAAAUUUCGCCAUGCACGUCUGAUGUUGACUUUCUACGUCUUGGCCCUAACCGUCGUUUCGGGCGCGCAGAGCAUUGUCAGUCCGACGUCCAACGUGGGCUCUACCGUCCUCACCGUGCUGGUCGGUGGGUUCGUAUCGGCGGCCACCAUCGUGUCCACAGCCAUGAUCCAACUCGGCGUUCCUCACGAAUACAUCGGCAUCGCAACGGGCCUCGCCAUCACCAUGCGGUCUAUUGGCGGUUCCGUCGGCACCACCAUCUACUCGUCGGUGCUGACUUCCAAGCUCAAGCACUACCUCUUCCAGUACGCGGCCACGCCGCUCGCUAAGGCCGGCGUCGACCCACAGACCAUCCCCGCCCUCCUCGCUGCCCUCCUCGGGGGCAGCGUCACGGACUCCGUGGUCACCUCGCAGUCGCCAGAAGUCCUCGGGAUCGCGGCUAAUGGGAUCAAACAGGCAUAUGCGCAUUCGUUCCGAAUCGUUUACCUCAUCACCAUCGCGUUUGGGGUUCUCGGAACCAUCUGCGUGGCGUUCAGUUCGGAUGUGGACCAUCUCAUGACGGGGGGGAUAGACAUCAAGCUGGACGAGGGGGCGAAAUUGAGAGCAAAUGACGACACCGGUGGUGGUCAUAUCCACCGCCAGGGAGAGGAGGACGAGUGA